GCAAGAAGUUAACUAAGAUAACGGAGAAGAUAGACUUAUUGUACAUUGCAAGAAGUUUAUUUAAAUAAGGAGUAGAUAGACUUAGAGUUAAUUGCAAGAAGUUUAUUAAGAUAACGGAGUAGAUAGAUUUGUUGUACAUUGCAUGUAUUUUUUUAUAACAGAGUAGAUUGACUUGGACUGAAUUGCACACAAUUUAUUUGAUAAAAGAGUAGAUAGACUUGGAAAGUUGGAGUGCAUUGCACGAAGUUUAUUUGUUAACGGAGUAGCUAGACUAGGAGUGAAUUGCAAGAAGUUUAUUUGUUAACGGAGUAGAUAGACUUGCAGUGCAUUUCAAGACGUUUAUUUGUUAACGGAUUAGGCACACUUGGAGCGCAUUACAAGACAUCAAUUUUGAUAACGGAGUAGAUAGACUUGGAGUGCUCAGCAAGAAGUUUAUUUAGAUAACGGAGUAGAAAGACUGGAGUGCACUGCAAGAAGGUUAUUUUGAUAGCAGAGUAGAUAGACUUGGAGUGAAUGGCAUAAAGUUUGUUUUGUUUAUGGAGUAGAUAAAAUUGGAGUACAUUGCGAGACGUUUAGUCUAAUAACGGAGUAGAUAGACUCGGAGUGGACGUUGUGUAAUUGUUAAGCUUCUCUCUAUGUAUAUCUACUCCGUGAUCAGAAUGUUUUCUAGUUCACAGUGUACGUUGUAUUCUUGUUUAAUUUGACAGAGUUGUGAACUGGAGGCUUUAACACCAUAGAUUGUUUUAAUCCAGAAGCAUGCAGCUAUCAGGCACAUACAAGAAAAAUACGGCUCUGUCCUGGGAAGAUGGGAUCAAAGUAAUACGAGAGAAGCAGGAAUCCGGUUUAAUGUUAGCCUACAAAUCUUUCUAUACAGCUCCUGGUCACUAUAGGAACACCUUUCCCGGAGGGGAAUCCCUUAAGAUCAGCAGCGUUGAUCAGAUCAAGAUGACUCCUGAAGAGCUACGUUACCACCAGAUGGCAGUGUUUGAAUUUAUAGGAACUGGAGAAGUAAUUGACUGGAAACAUAAACGGAUGACGGAGCAAGAAUUUAAAGAAUGGGUAACCGAGAAAGGAAACAAUGAUAAAAUAUCAGAGCUUGCAGUCCUGAAGAGAGGGAGGGUGAUGAACCGAAAAAUUGGAGCGAGUAAAAAAAUGGUGCAAGUACCAUUGAAAACGGGAGAGGCAAGGAAAAGAAGCAACAAAUAUCAAACUGAGGGAUACAUAAAGGUUUUCAAUCCUUCCCUCCACACUGAUAUGCUGACCCCUAUCUUUAUCCCUCCCAUCCAUACUUCAUCUUCUCCACCAGCAAACCCAGCAACUAUAAGUAAUGCGGAUACGUUGAGAUAUCAUGGGAGUACUCUAUAACUGUACACAUAAUUUGUUAAAUAAAAAGACGAUAGUUACACGAGUUCGACCCUCAGACAGGAGCAACGAGACUUCUCUCAGGGUCGGAGAAGCCCCUGGAAGUCCAAGAUGAAUGGGGUAAAGAUACCAACAAGGUUUUUCAAUUAAAACGCACCGAGGAAGUCAAAUAUCCCUGUGAUCCUGUGAUACAACCAAUGUUUUCCCAAAGUUCAGUCAGAAAUAGUAUUCUCCGUCAGUCUAUUAGAAAGAAACAAUUUUUUAAAUCCAUGAUAUCUGAUAGAUUAGAUCUAGACCUGGACGGGAAAAAUCUCUUCUCCUUGAGCAGGUUCAGCUUGUAAAGAUACCAGCAAGGUUUUUCAAUUAAAACGCACCGAGGAAGUCAAAUAUCCUUGUGAUCCUGUGAUACAAUUCUCCGCCAGUCUAUUAGAAAGAAACAAUUUUUUAAAUCCAUGAUAUCUGAUAGAUUAGAUCUAGACCUGAACGGGGAAAAUCUCUUCUCCUUGAGCAGGUUCAGCUUGUCAGAUCAGAUAAUAAGUGAGAGCGUAGAGGACUCCGAGGAGGGUGGAAGUAGUGACCUGGAGAACCAAAGUGAAGGAGAUUUAAAUUGUUCACCCUCCAGAGUAUCAUCCCUAUCUUGCUACUCUCUAGAUAGUCUAGAGCAGCGGAAUAUAAACAGCUUCUUUACGUGAAGCUCUAAACUGGAUCAAAAUUGUCAUAAAUAAAGUAUAUAAACAUUUAUUCUAUUCUAGAUAAAAUAAAAGUUUCCAUUUGUAAUCUUAA